AUGUCUAUAACAGAUAAUUAUUGUGAGGAGAAUGAAAUCGACGCCGACUCCUCAGACAGCGGCAGCACAAUCCGACAAUUCCGCCCUCCCUCCACCGCCACAAUCCUCUCAAGGGCAAUCUCAGACUUCGAAACCGACUUUAACACCUGGGAUUUAGCAUACAAAAGCUCACGUCGAUUAUCAUCGCCGCCACCACCACUGCCUACAGUAAAUUCAAGACCUUAUACGCCUACUCCUUACUCAAAUUUUCCUACAUACCCUCCUUCCGCAAUUUCACGAGCAACUUCGGUUGCUGGAUCAAUACACUCUACCAAUACAACAAAUAGUAUUUCAACACAAAAAAGUAGUGAGGAAGAGGGAGAAAACGUCAAGGAGGAGGUGAAGAGAUUAGGUGGUGUGGGCAUAUAUAACCCGCAUUUUGAACCUGGAACGACGUUUCCGAGACGGAUGAGUCGAGUUGCUAUUGUGGGAGAUAUCGAUACCGAUACUGGUUCCGGAACCUUGGUUGAAGGCUCUACGGGUACCACUUCUCGAUCCAAUCUCUCUAGACAGGAGGGAGAUGAAGACCAUGAGCUUGGGUAUUUGAGUAGACUAAAAAAGGAUAUUUUGAGAAAAGCAAGGGAGAGGAAAGUUCGCAAGGAAGGUUAG